AUGAUGUUCGACCCACCUGAUUUCCCGUAUAAAGAAUUAACAGACACCCUAGGUGACAGUUAUAACUCAGACGAUAUUUUUUUUAACAACGAUGCAAUGGGUUCUGACCUAAUAACAAAUGACAAAGAUCUAGUAAAAGUCACGGAAGCUAUAAUAUCCACAGUUGAAAAUCAGCUAUCGUUCAAUUCAAAUAUUUCAGGAAAAUCUUUUAACGUUGAGACUGUCUCGACUUUGAAUGUAGACCAAACUAGAGACGAACAAAACUUAGAGCUUUAUGUUGUGCAAUCAGAAAACUUGUUCAACUACGAGCCUACAUUAUUAGAUGAUAAUACGGUCAAUCAAUUUCUGCUGCCGAUUCAGGAAUCUUCGGAUACCGCUAAUAAGGAGCCAGAAGCCGGUCCGGACCUACUCGCUCUACAUUCAUGUGUUAUUUGCCAUGAGAUCUUCACGACGGAUGCUGAGCUACUGGACCACACGGUUCUCGUGCACGCAACCGCUCCUACAUCAGAUCAGGAACCGAGCACCUCGACGAAUAUAGAACAUAAUGAUACACAAGAAUGUAGUUACGAGUGUGAAUGGUUGGUGUGUGACGUGUGCGAGCGUGUGUUGUCAACCGCGCUAGACUCCCAGCCCCGCGAAUUAUUAUGCUGUACGGAAACGAGAGAUGGAAGCAAUAUUGGAUUACGAAGGUUGGCUACCAUGUUUGUGUGUGACUACUGCAGCUACCUAUUCGCUAACGGCGAGGCUUUGGAUAGACAUCGACUGGCGUGUUUCGCACAUGAAGAUUACUAUCCUAUACUAAUGGAGAAUCCUAUCAUGGAAUCAGUCGCUCCUCAUGUAUCUGAACACCCGUGUGGUGUGUGUGGGAGACAAUGUGCUAACAGCGAGGAACUAAGGACUCAUAUGAUGCAGUGUCAGCCUCGCAGACGACGCCCCUACUCCGGGAACACGAACAAGAUGUGGAACUGUGGAUCAUGCAACCAGCUCUUCACGACCGCUAGGGAGUUGUAUCGACACAAGCGCGGCGAGGACCGCCCGGCCGGCGCCCCCCUCACGGCGUACGUGUGCGAAGACUGUGACAAAGUACUGGGAAGCAUGUGCGCCCUGCACACACAUAAAAAGAUGCACAAAGUUUCUAAGCCAGGCUAUCCGUGUCGAGUGUGCGGGAGACGCUUUAACCAGAGCGGUCACCUCGCGAUACACAUGCGCAUGCACACAGGGGAAAGGCCUUACCCGUGCGACCUGUGUGAUAAGGCCUUCAAAGUUAAGGUGGAGCGUGAUGACCAUCGCCGUACUCACACCGGCGAGCGACCCUUCGCCUGCACCUCUUGUAGUAAAACUUUCACCGCGGCCGCCAGGCUCAGGGAACACGCCAGGAUACACACGGACCAAAGGCCGUACAAAUGCGAAAUUUGCGGAGCAGCCUUCCGUCGGCCGUACGCUCGCACCGUCCACACACUCAUACACACGGGGGAAAAACCUCACGAGUGUGACGUCUGUGGCACCGCGUUCAGACGUUCAGGUGAUAUGUGGAAACACAAGAGGACUCUUCACGGCAUCCAGGGUACAAGCGGUGACACAAAUUAA